AUGUCAUCCGCUCAGGAUGAGGAUGCAACGUUAGCUCUCUCCUCUGUCUCAGGCAUUCUCUUAAACGUCCUUAUACCACUUCAGUCCAAUGCCAUUGAUCCAGUUGAUGUGGACUCGCCAGAAGAUUCUGAAUUCGAGAAAUCCCUCUGCGCUGUAUGGGAUUUGUCGAGUAUUCAUGACUAUGCAAGGAUUUUCAUCAAUGAAGCACAGGUGCAUCGGAUGGUAUUGAAGGCAAUUAGUAUUACACGGAGGGUGAGAACGGAAGAAUUGGUUAUGGGAAUACUGGCAAAUGUUGCUUGUUUUAUGGAUACGGCGACUGUAAUCGUUAAUGAUGAGGAUGUGACGACGGUGCUUGGGAGAAUAAUUACUGGGAGUGCAGACGGAAGGGUGCUAGUCGAAAGCCUAAGACUUCUGAGGAAUUUGUUAACAAACUGUUCGAACAAUUACAAAAUAAUUGUUGGAGACAUUAGUUCAUAUUCAAUCAUCAAUCAAAUACUCUUCUUCGUAUACAACACAAUGAAUACCGAGUUGCUUUCAUCUGCGAUAGAAACCAUGAAACUACUCAUAUCAACUCAACCUGAAUUGUUUAUUAAUAAACAGGAAGAACUAAAUAAUCUAUUUCGCUGGAUAUGUGAUAGACUGGAUUCAUUCGAAUUCACAAAGGAGACGAGCAGCACUAUAAUAAGUUUUCUUAUCGAGUUGGUUGAUACCAACGUAAUUGAGCAUACCAAAGAUGACAUGUCCAAAAUAUUUAAAUAUUAUGAACAAGCACUGCACGAGUUCUCGGACGACGAAGAGAUAACAAACAUGGUGUACAAACUAAGAUCAAUGACUUUAGACUCAUCUGAGGAACUAACAUUUAAACCUGAUGCUGUCUUUCCCCAAUCUGAAGACUGA